GAAGUGAAGUGAACCGGAAUCACUGAUCUAGCAUCACGUCAUCACGUGUCACCCUUAAAUAAGGGAUAAUCCCAUAAUUACUAGUACAAAUAUGACAAUUAGAUAUCAAUGGCUUGUUAAAAAUCCGCUUCCGUGAGUGUUGUUCCCAUCCAAAAUGGCGCAUAUCGCAGCAGAUGUGUUUGCGUGUAAGCUUUUUGACCUUCGCGAGACGAUUUAGAGGGAUUUGAUUACCGCGCUUAGAUCUCGCAUUAUGAAACAACGCAAUACGCACACAGUAAUCAAUUACAAGACAGUACUCAGUUACGCAGUAUUCAACUCGACAUUUCAAUAUUUUAUUUGUUUUUUUCUCUGCGCCUCCUACCGUAUAUUCUAAUUUUAUUGUCUCCCAUGCCCAAAGGUUGUCUGGAAGAGAUCGCUAUUAAGCGAUAAGACCACCUGUUGUUACCUCUAUUAAAUUGUCUUUUUUUGUUUCUGUACAUUUAUUGUAAACUAUGUGAGGUGCAAUAAAGGGUAAUGUAUUGUAUUGUAUGAAAGAGUUUUUUGCCGUAAGUUCAGAAAAAGGAGUUUUGAAAAAUCUCACUGCUCAUUUAGUUCGCAAUACGGUUACGGUACGGAUACGGUAGCGCUGGUGGCCUAGCGGUAAGAGCAUGCGACUUGCAAUCCGGAGGUCGCGGGUUCAAACCCCGGCUCGUACCAAUGAGUUUUUCGGAACUUACGUACGAAAUAUCAUUUGAUAUUUACCCGUCGCUUUUCGGUGAAGGAAAACAUCGUGAGGAAACCGGACUAAUCCCAACAAGGCCUAGUUUACCCUCCAGGUUGGAAGGUCAGAUGGCAGUCGCUUUCGUAAAAACUAGUGCCUACGUCAAAUCUUGGGAUUAGUUGUCAAGCGGACCCCAGGCUCCCAUUAGCCGUGGCAAAAUGCCGGGACAACGCGAGGAAGACGAGACGUAGGCGGUUGCAAAAAAAUUAAUUAGCAAUCUUGAGGACUUUCUCUAGUACUUCAUCGAUUCGAAUCCUGAUUUUUUGAGUUCUGCUCGAUAGAAAAAAUCUCGGUCUAAAACGUAAUUAUAAAAUUUAUAACAAUUACGAGUAAUGCACAAUAGCUAAAAAGUAGAUAAUUGCUUCUAUAAAUGCGUAAGUAAUUUUAUUUUAGAUAAUCGAUUACUUUUUUUGUUUUAAGUUAAAACACGUUAAAAUUUAAAAAGUUGAUUAUAUAUCAGCGGUUCCGAGCACGCACGCAACGCAAAUAAGGCAGUGUCUUACUUGAGCGAAUAACUCGCGAACGCGAAGCGAAAAAAAUUGUUAUCAUUUAAUAAUUUUUCACUAUUUACACUAUAGUAAAAUAUACAGCUAAUUAAGUGCUAAAUAUAUUUUAAAUUUUGGCAACAUAAUAUGAUUAUCCAAAUGGAAGUUAUACUAAAUAAGUUACAUUACAAAUCGAAGUUGCUAUUACAUUACAACUAUGACAUAACAUAUGAAUAUAUUACAUUGUAGUAAGUACCUCCAGAUUUAAUAUUGUGACGAAGGACCUGCUUCACAGUGUCCAAGUAAAGUAUUAGAUAGCUAAUCCACAAAUAAAUUAACCGUCAGGUAACACUUCCUACAAAACUUAGCACUUUAUCUACCAGUUUAGCUUAUUUGAAGAUUGUGAAACGCCAACGUAAUGCAGGGGGGAAGGGGUCGGCCUAAUCUUAUAUUUUCUUAAAUAGGGUGGGAGGGGGUCAAAAAUUGCCAAAAACGUCUUUCGUAAUAAAUGAAUGGUGUCUUAUUCGAUUGAGCUGCAACUUCACACACAUAUGAAGGUUGGGUGUCAAUUAAGUAUUAUGGUACCAUCGAGCUGAUCUGAUGAUGGACACUGAAGGUGGCCAUAGGAACUCUGUGAUAAAACAACGCAACCUAGUUGUGUUUGGGUAUGUUAGAAUUGUCUCGAUGAGUAUUAGUUGCUCAUUGAAAGAAAAGUACAAUUCAGUGAUAAAAAAAUACUUUGACAAAAACUUAUUUACCUUCGAUUCUAAAUAUGAAAAGCCCAUGAGACUCGAACAUAUUAGAAAUAUUUAAAACAAACAAACUCGGAACAACGACUGCACUGCCUCUACUGGUCGAGCGCGUGACGUCAAAUUGAUUGACCUUCGAUUCUCUGUCAAAUUCUUUUUUGUUAUACCCCUACAGUGGCAAACAAGCAUACGGCCCGCUUGAUGGUAAGCAGUGACCGUAGCCUAUGGACGCCUGCAACUUCAGAGGUAUUACAUGCGCGUUGCCGACCCUUUAAAAACCUGUACACUCCUUGACUUGAGUCACUUGACAAAUUGUCUUCUGUUCAAAAUGCUCCAUCUAAUGUGCUAGCGAUCUGUUCUCGGCCUAAAUUAGUCUAAUGGUUUUAGCGUGACACAGUGCCUUAGCUAUUGUUCAUAUGAUACCGACCCAUACAAAAACUUAUGAACGGGAAUGCGAUGUACCUAUAUAAAGGAGGACCAUGGUCUGAUAGGCACAGUGCAGUUCCAAUAUGAUGCUGAAAGCGUUGGUCAUCUUCGUCGCCAUUGGUCUGGCCGCCUCCGCGCCAUCGCAGCGCGAAAAGAGGUCUCCAGGUGGAAGUGGAUGGCAGAGCGGCGGUGGCUACGGCGGCAGCGGUUUUAGCGGCGGUUUCGGCGGCGGGAGCUUUGGCGACGACUUCGGCGGUCUGCCGUCGGUCGGCGUCGCUCGCUCUUCUUUCGGCGGCAGCGGCGGCUGGGGUGGAUCCGGUGGACUGGGCAGAUCCAGCGGCGGCUUUAGCUCUGGUGGCUGGGGCGGGUCUGGUGCUAGCGCGAGGAAUGGCUUGAGCUCGGGCGGAUGGGGCGGCUCAGGUGCCGCGAGUACCCGAAACAGCGGUGGUUGGGGCGGCAUCAGCGGACGCAGCGGCGGCUUCGGUGGCAGCGGAGGUGGGUGGGACUCUAAUUCACUCGGGCGGUCUUCGGGAUGGAGCUCGGGGCUGGGACGCUCUGGUGGUUCCAGCGGGUGGCAGUCUUCCGGGUGGUAGUUUGGUCAGUUCUCCCGAUCGUACGAAAUAAUGCGACGGGUAUUAGUAGCAAGACAGGGUUUGGUACAGUAUGAUAUUUUAAAUUUGUCCGAAUGUCAUUUGGACGGAAUAAUGAAGGAGGCAGCCAAUUUUAAUGAAAAAGUGUCCUAAAAAGGUACAGAAAGACGAACACGCUGUCUUUUUCAAGAUUGACUUUACUUCAGUUACUUAAACAAAUUUACAAUAUAAUUGGUAAAAAUCAUAUUAAGGCUGGCAAAUGCACCAGCAACUUUUUUAUGAUGACGAAAUAUCUUAAAAAGGGACAGUGAGACGUAGUUAUUUUCUAGGCUUGAGCCUGCUUCCUAAUACUUAAAUUUUUUUUUGCUUCUACUACGUAUUCUUCCGAAAGCACUGUUUUGUUACUAUCCCGUUGUAUAUCAUUAAAGCUAUGGAUUGUGUGCUCGCUCGUGCUUAUAAGUUAAUGUGCAAUAAAUCAAUUAUUCAAUUG